AUGUGUAUGCAGAUGAUUCUCACAUGGAACCUUGUCCUCGUCGAGAAAGGCCUCUCAAACGCUUCGCUACUGGAGACUUACACCGAAGAGCGUCUCCCGGUGAUUGUGGCUAUGUUACAGAAGACGACUGACAUUCUCAAGAAGACAAUAGAAGCAAAUGCGAACACUGGAUCUGGCGAUGACAAAGCAUGGAAGCUUGGAGGUGCGCUCAAGCAACUAGGAGCGAAUUACCGCUGGAGCUUCAUCGUGGUGGAUGAACGCACCCCCUUCGUGGCAUGGCAGCAUAUGGCAACAUCAGUUCUUGUGGCUGGCGCUGGACCUGCAGGACUAGUUGCUGCAUUAACUCUUUGCCAGAAUGGUGUUCCUGUGAGGAUCAUCGAGAAAGAGCAGAGAUCUCGUGUGGGUCAAAGAGGUGCAGGAAUCAUGGCUCGCUCCAUGGAGCUUUACAAUUUCUUGGGUGUCUUAGAAGAUAUACAGGCCAAGGCAUUACCUUUGGUCCCCAUGCGCAUUUAUAAGUUGCCCGAAGGCGUCGAGCCUAUUACGACAUUCCGUCUAGAUGAGGCUGUCCCGCCAACGCCUGCGACGCCACAUACGAAUAUUCUCAUGCUGGGACAAGAACACACGGAGGCCAUUCUGCGUGCGCAUUUGCAGAAGUACGGCUGUCACGUGGAGCUCGGCACGGAAUUGUGUAGUUUUGAGCAAAAGCCAGAACAUAUUACUGCUCACAUCGUGAAAAGGGAUGGAGACCAAGAAACGACCGAAACGAUCAGCUGCCGCUGGCUGAUUGGAGCCGAUGGAGCAAGAGGCAUCGUGCGCAAGAGCUUGAAAGUUGCAUUCCAUGGCGAAGUACGAGACGAGAGGCAUCAUCUCGUCAUUGGUGAUGUUAAGAUCCGAGGAUUGGAUCGCAAGCAUUGGCAUUCGUGGGGGGAUAUGGAUUCUAUACUCAUCAUGCUGCGUGCCACAGAAGACGACGACACAUUUUUCUGCUUCAUUGGGGGUCAGAUAGACCGCGACAAGGUGGUUGCAGACCGCGCCGAGUUGAUUCGCGUCUUCCGCGUCGGCACCGGUCGCGCUGACAUAGAAGUAGGCGAGGUCAAGUUUCUGACCAACUACAAGCCACACCUUCGGCUAGCAGACAAAUUUUUCGACGGGCGGGUAUUCAUCGCCGGAGAUGCUGCCCAUGUCCAUAGUCCUUUCGGCGGACAGGGACUCAAUUCGAGCAUACAGGAUGCGUUCAAUCUCUCCUGGAAGCUUUCCCUCGUGGAGAAGGGUUUAGCUAAGCCCUCCCUCCUCAAUACAUACGGCGAGGAACGCAUCCCGGUCAUCUCUGAGAUGCUGAAGACGUCCAACGAGCUGUUCGAUAAGGCCAUUCACGCGAAAGGCGACGGGAGCACGAGUGAAGAGGCAUGGAAGAGGGGCGGCCCGCUAAGCCAGCUCGGCGUCAACUACCGCUGGAGCUCUAUCAUUGUGGACGAACGUGCUCACCCUGAAGAUGAGCCGCUGGACCCGUAUGGCGUCCAUCGUUGCGACGCCGAUAUUGUGCGGGCGGGGGAGAGAGCACCCGAGGCGCCCGGCCUUAUUAAAGUCGUCGCGAACCCGGAGAUCGAUGCCAACCAUCGCCAGGAGACCACGUCGCUGUUCCGCACGUUUGGUACAAGCUACCACACUGUCUUGCUCUUCAACCAUUCUAAUGGCCAGCUCGGCCCCAUAACGGCGCUUUUGAAGAUGUGUCCUUCGUGGGCAAUUCGUUCGGCGAUUGUUUACCCACAUGAUAGUCCCUUCUGCCCGCUGAUUGACGGUUUCAAUCUCGCAUUCAUAGACAGAGAUGGGCAUGCAUAUACAGGGUAUGCAGUCAGGCGCGAUAUGACAAUCGUCAUCGUCCGGCCAGAUGGUGUUGUCGGAGGUAUAAUGUGGGGAGCAGAGGGUCUGAAGCAAUACCUUACUAGUGUCUUUACAGCGCUCGACAUCGAUGAUUAG